AUGACGAAGAUUAAUAGUGUUAAUUUCGUUUUGGCACUCGUUGCUUUGGCUAUGGCAACUUACAUUGCAUGUGCCUACGACCCUGGCCCUCUCCAGGACUUCUGUGUAGCAAUUGAUGACCCUAAACAUGUUUUGUUUGUGAACGGGAAAUUCUGCAAGAAUCCUGAGCUGGUGAAGGCAGAGGACUUCUUCUUCUCAGGGCUAAACAUCCCCAGAGACACAAACAACGCCGUUGGCUCCAACGUAACCAUGGUGAAUGUCGACAACAUUCCGGGGCUCAACACUCUCGGCGUGUCACUGGCGCGCAUCGACUACGCGCCUUACGGGCAGAACCCACCUCACACCCACCCGCGCAGCACCGAAAUCCUGUUCGUCGCCGAGGGCACGCUCUACGUCGGUUUCGUUUCGUCGAAUCAAGACGGAAACCGCCUGUUUACGAAGAUUCUUCACAAGGGAGACGUGUAUGUGUUCCCGAUUGGGAUGAUUCACUUUCAGUUCAACAUUGGAAAGUACCCGGCCGUGGCCUUCGUCGGUUUCGGCAGCCAAUUCGCGGGAACCAUCACCAUCGCUGACACCGUGUUCGGGUCCCACCCUCCCAUCAACCCUGAGGUCCUUGCUAAGGCGUUCAUGUUGGACAAGGAUGUGGUUGAAAAGCUUCAGAAGAAGUUUGGUGCAUGA